AUGAAAGACGAGCAAAGUUUCGACACGGCCAACGGACUCGAGGCGGAUCUGUUCUACGUGCACGAGGGAUCCAUUAACACAUACGCGAUGCACUUCACCGUCCCGGUGCCCGCGGACGUCCACGAGCUGGAGUUCUCCUGGCAGAGCCUCAUCGCCUAUCCGCUGCCCUACGCCAUCAGCAUCGAGUACGCCAACGACCAGGACGCCCUGGGCACCCCGACGCUGAGCAUCCCCCACAAGGGCCUGGUGCCGCAGGAGAUCGAGUCCUUCCUGGUGUACCUCCCGUGCACGGGCAACGCCAGCCUCCAGCUGCCCGUCAACGUCAACAUGGUGGUGCGAGGACCCCCGCGCUUCAACGACACCAGGCUCCACUUCAAGCGCAACAAGAUCUGUGCCAAGGGCAUCUCACCCGAACCGAACCAAUCGCCGGCCCCCGCCCAUGCCCCCUCCCAGGGCCCUGCCUUGCUGAGUGCCGCAGCCUGUGCCCUCGGCCUGGUCCUGGCCGUGGGCCUUGUGGCCAGCAUGAUGUAUUUGCGGGCUCGCAAGCAGCUUCGCCAGGACUCGCUUCACACAAGCUUCACCACCGCGGCCUAUGGCAGCCACCAGAACGUUUUCAUCCGCCUCGACCCGCUCGGACGGCCACCGAGUGCCACCGGCUCCUACGCGACCAUCGCCAGCCUCAACAAAUACCCCGGGGAGACCAAGAAGUCGUGCAGCAUAUUCGACCGUUUCCGCAGCUCCCCCAUCCCGACGCCCUACGCCACCGCCCUGCUGCCGAUGGGGGACCAGACGCAGGCCGGAGAAACAAUCUACUCGAAGCCAGAGUCGAUCUGUCCCUCGAGGAUAUCCUACUACGCCUCCUCGCAGCUGACGCUGACCCAGUCCCCUUUGGCUGGGGCAAGUUCUGUGUGGCACUCACGUACCGGUGCAUACCUCAUGUGGGACGUGGACGAGCGGGCACAGACGACACAGAAACCCAGUGCCUGGAGAGGUGAAGGAUGUGAUGGGAGUACUCCCGUGUGGGUAACUGGAGAGUGGAGCGUAGAGAGUGCUGGAGAUGAGGAGAAGGUCACUGUUUAG